UUCUCCUUCUCCGGCUCCUCCCGCACUUUUCUCUCGCACCGAUCCCCAGAAAUACAGGAUGGCCCAGGCAGUUGACGGGGGGGAAUAUUCCCUGUGAGGGGUAAAGGAGGGAAAAAUGGAGCCCAUGAGGUGCCUUGGCGUCUCUAUGACCCCGCGCCGGGGUAGAGCGGCCACUUCCGGCCCCUCCCGCGGGGGGGGACCCCAGCGCCAAGAUGGCGCAGGCCCUGUCGGCCGAGGAGUUCCAAAGGAUGCAGGCGCAGCUGCUGGAGCUGCGCACCGAGAACUACCGGCUGUCGGAUGAGCUGCGCAAGAACGGCGCCGAGCUGUCGGGGCUGCGGCAGCGGGUGCAGACGCUGGACAGGGACCUGGCCAAGGCCAACAAGGCCCUCAGCAAGAGCAAGAAGGCCCAGGAGGUGGAGGCCCUGCUGGGGGAGACCAGGAUGCUCCAGGGGAAGCUGCAGAGCCAAGAGGACGAUUUUCGUCUGCAGAACAGCACCCUGCUGCGGGAGCUGGCCAAGCUCUGUGCCCAGAUCGAGGGGCUCGAGGAGGAGAACCGGCGGCUGCAGGAGGGGGGGGCGGGGGGAGCCCCCCGAGACCCCCCCGGGGCCCCCCAGGACCCCCCCGGGACCCCCCCGAGCUCAGCCCAGCCCCCCCAAGGGGAUGGGGGGGGCCCUGAAGCCCCCCCAGAGCCCCCCCAAAAAGAGAAGGAAGAGGAGGGGGGAGGGGGGGACGCCCCCCCCAGGGACCCCCCCAGCACCCCCUGCCCAGGCAGAGUGGCCCAGCUGCAGGAGGAGGUGGCCAAGCUGACGGAGGAGCUGCGGGAACAGCGGGAAAGUUUUCUCCGCCUGCAGGAGGAGAAGGAGACGCUGCUCCAGGAGAGCCGGGCCCGCUGGGACGCGCAGGCGCAGGAGCUGCAGGCUCGGGGCCGGCGGCUGCAGCAGGAGCUGGAGGUGGCCACCAAGGCCCAGGGGGGGCUGCGGGAUCUGAGCGAGGCCCAGGCCCGGGAGCUGCGGGACAGCCGGAGCCAGAGGGAGAGCCUGGAGAGGGAGCUGCAGGUGUGCUCAGGUGAGCGGGAGGAGCUGCGCCAGCGCCUGCACGAGGCCGAGGCUGCCCAGGAGCGGCUGCGGGAGGAGCAGGAGCAGCAGCGGGGGCAGCUCGAGGAGGAGCUGGGGCAGCUGCGGGCGGCGCUGGGGGAGGAGCAGCGGCUGCGGGAGCUGCACGAGGCCGAGGGACGCGCCCUGAGACAGGAGCUGAAGGACGUGCGGGACGGGCAGCGCAUCCUGGAGAAGAAAGGCAGCGCCGCCCUGAAGGAUCUGCGGAGGCAGCUGCAGCUGGAGCGGCGCCGCGGGGAGCGGCUGCAGGAGCGGCUGCAGGAGCUGCUGGUGCCCAGCAGGAACCGCUCGGGGCUGGAGGAGCUGGGGCUGGACGGGGGCUCCUCCCCAGGGCGGGGCCCAGGCGGGGACAGCAGCUCCGUGUCCUCAUUGGGCCGUGAUGGCUCCGCCCCUGGCAGCACCAAGUCGGGCUCGGGCAGCCCCGGGGGCGGCAGCGCCGGGGGGGUCCCGGCCGGGGGGGGCCUGUCCCCGGCAGAGGUGGCCGAGCUGUUCCAGCGGCUGGCCCAGAGCCAGCAGGAGCGCUGGCUGCUGGAGGAGAAGGUGAGGCACCUGGAGGUGUCGAGCGCGUCCAUGGCCGAGGAUCUGUGCAGGAAGAGCGCCAUCAUCCAGAGCUUCGUGAGGGACAGCCGCACAGAGGCCGCGGGUCCCGCGGGGCCGGCGCGGCGCGGGGCGGGGGCGGGCCCAGGUGAGGAGGGGCUGCGGGAGAUGAACAAGAAGCUGCAGAACCUCCUGGAGGAGCAGCUGACCAAGAACCUGCACCUGGCACAGGACCUGGAGUCGCUGUCGCAGGAGCUGGCGCAGCUCAGGAAGGAACAGGCGACCCCCCCGGGACCCCCCUGAGGGGCGGGGCCUCUCCUGGUGGGCGGGGCCUCACCCUUCCCCCCCCGCAGGCUCCGCCCCCCGGCCGGGGCGCUGCUGCGGGGGAGGCGUUUCCCCUUUAAGGGCGCAGUGGGCCUCACCGGCAUUGCCCCUUUAAGGCCGGACGGUUCUUUACAUGGCGUUGCCCCUUUAAGGGUGGGGGGGGAUCCCUGGAGGGCGUUCCCCCUUUAAGAGCGGGGGCGUUGCCCCUUUAAGGAGGACGUGGUCCCCACUCUGGCGUUGCCCGUUUAAGGGGGUCCCGCAUGCGCCCCCCUCUCCCCCCCCAAAUAAACCCGAUGUGAAUCGCU